UGCAUUUUACCCGGCCGGGAGUCCAUAAAAAAAUCGAGCAACAAGACGCCAACUGCCCCUAAAGAAAUGAGCACCGCUAGUUCAAGGUACAACGCAGAUGCUUGGUCUGGGAGACCACUCAAUGUCAUCUACGCUGGAAUUUCGGAACUUAUCUGGGACAAUACUGGCGGAAGAGUUGCAAUUGUCAUCCGGAAUUCAACAGAUCUCGUUGAUUUCUUCGUGUGUUCUUGGCACGCUCCCCGUUCCGAUGUAUCAGACCAUGCAACUGACGCGAUAAUUGCAGAGCUGAAAGAAUACAGAGAAAAGCAUGCGGGGAAAAUAGUCAGCGCUGCUCUUCACCAAUCUCUUGCUUCCUGGUGUCCAUUAUUAUGCUCGCGGCUGUGGCGCGAGCUUGACAUUGUGCCCUUGGUACUUGAAUACAAGGACCGUGAAAGACAACAUACCGAUAAAGGCGAGCUGGCGACCUAUGCUGGGUAUCAGUUGGAUGUAGAUAGAGGCUACUAUAUAUAUCUUGCUUGUCUAGAAGACUACAAGAAGACAGUCAAACCUGCAAUGUGGUCUGUGGCUCAACAUUAUGCCCAAAACCUGAGGGAAAGCGAGGUGAAGAUCGCCUUUUUUAGUAUGACGUGUCAGGGCAAACCCGACGUUCCUACCCGGCAUGCUCUUGCACGGUUCAGCAACAGGCUCAGAGUUCAAGUCAAAUGGUUUGUGCCGAAGCCUCGACCGGGAAUGGUUCCUCUCAUCCGGAAGAUGCAAGACAUCUUGGAGGGACUAGGUAAUCUACUGUCAGUUAUUACUGUUAAUGAUGAGUUAUUGAUCCUGGACUUUGCCUACACUAACGCGAGAAGGCACUGGCUGUGCCAGAACAGGCUCCUUCGGCCUCGCGCGGAGGAGGCCGUCAAUAUAGUAAUUGUUGACAGUGCGCCACUUUUGACAUUGGCUCUACUCUCAAAGCAGCAGGAUCCCGAGUGGCCUGUCAUAUUUAAGAGUAGUCUUUACACUCAAGGAAACCCGCUUCAGGACUACAAUAGCCCGUUAGCUCAUGUUGAUCUGCUAGUAUUGCUACUUCCGAAGGAACUUGCGCCGCGUGUUGUGCCCGAGGCAAAUGUCAGCUACAUACAAUAUUCCGUUGACCAACUUGAUGGUCAGAACAAGCCUUUGACUGGCUGGGACAUUGGCUUCUAUGGAAGGGAGCUCAGCUCCAUCUGUAGAAAUCUGCAGGUAUCUACUAUACACUAUCCAGAAGGUAACAAUCCCACUGUCGGAGCGCUACAUAUAUCGCUAAGACUCUCCCUUCAUAUAGAGCAAUAUAUCCUCCAUCUGUCCCAGUUUAGACCUGGUAACGGUACUCUUUACCUUCUUUACUCGUAUCAGAGGCUUUACGACACAUGUGUCAAGGAGCGUCCGGGACAGCCAGUUCUGAAGUUGUUGAUUUGUCACCGUGGUCCCUCCCGUACCCCAGAAAGCUCCCCUUUCUACAAUGCGGUCAUGUCUCAAAUCAACAGCAGCGAGAGCCUGUCUACGUCCGUUUGCAUCAUUCCAAUCGGGGCUGCGGACCAAAUGUGGAACGCCCGGAUCACACACGCAAGAGCGCUUGGGACACCGAUCAUUACUACCAGAGAUGCAGAGUUGCUCCCUUUCAUGCAUGAAUCAGACCAUAUUAUACUAGUCAACAAAGGGGAUGAGUGUGCCAUAGCUCGGCAUCUUUCUCGUAUCUUUAGUAAUGAGAAAAUUUCCCAGCACAAGGCAGCGCCUGCGUUGAAGAGACUGCUUGAUAAGUAUACUACUGUCGGGAAUGCAGUCAGCUGGUUUUAUCUGGCAUCAAAAAUGUCUCGAGGGGAUUACUUCGAGCCUCGGGGUAAAGCUAUCUAUAAGCUGGCCCGAGAGGAGGCGGGCUAUAACGCAGGCGAUUAA